AUGGCGCUUGGCCUGAUUGUGUGGCCCAUACUUCGGGCCAUAUUAGUACUGUUGUUUGCGCCGUCAAUACUAAGUCAAACACCUCUUGAGUUAAGUGAAGGAAGAGGUUCGGAUAAUUAUAUUCAGAGCUUAUCUGGCGAUCUGCGCAUGGAAGAUAUUAUGCACCAAAUUAAUCGUCUCAAACGAGCGACGAAGAGUUAG